AUGGCUAUGCCGUCCACUGUCCGUGUACCUUACACCAAUACCACGCACAGCACUCCCACCACGAGCCUGACCAAGCAGCUCCGGCUCGCUGAUAAUGCCGCCGAGUACUUCAGCCUCCUGCCCAACAACGAAGACUUCAUCUUCAACUUCAACCAGCCCCAGCCCAAGCCAGGAAAGGGCGGCGAGCUCGUUGCCGCUAACCGCGUCACCUUCCCGGCCCUCGUCGGCACCUCGUCCGGCAUGGCUCUCGGCCGCGUCGACCCCUGUGGCAUGAACACGCUCCAUGUCCACCCUCGCUCCGCCGAGCUGCAAAUGGUCAUCUCGGGCCGCCUCAUCACCGAAAUGGUGCCCGAAAACGGCAUCCUCAAUGCGGACGGCAGCCGGCGCGUCAUCCGCACCGAGCUGUGUCCCUUCAUGAUGACGCCCUUCUACCAAGGUUCCAUCCAUACCCAGUUCAACCCAGACUGUGAGCCCGCCGUUUUCGUAGCCUCAUUCGCAAACGAAGACUUUGGCACCCUCCAGGCCCUCGACGGAUCCUUCGCCAUGAGCGACGAUGUCAUUGCUGCCGCCUUUGGACAGAGCAUCGCCGGCGAGGACAUUGACCGUGUCCGCGGCGCCAUUCCUGCGAGCAUUGCCCUCGGCGUGGAGGAAUGCUUGACAAAGUGCGGCCUUGCCAAGCGCAGCAUCUAG